ACAGUAAAUUUUUAUGAGCUUUUGAAUUUAGAAUUUUGACAAAAUUCUUAAAACAAAAGCAAUACCUUAGUAUGUUGUCGUAAAAUUCGUAUAGUGAAUUGUAUAUAUUAUUGUUAUAUCGAGUUAUGGCAUGUGCAUAAGCAUACGAGAGUGGCAUUCUUACUCUAUAAUAACUAAAGUAAUAAUAAAUUACAAAUUUAUAACUAAGAACUAACACGUAUAGACCAUGGGUGUCGAUGACCAUAAAUUGCCGAACUAUGGUUCCUUUAAAAAAAAACCAUAGCGAGGCCUCUUAAAUUAAAAUGUCCACAGUCACGACUAUAUACACACCGCCUGGAGAGCCUAUAUAUAAGUUUGGGGCUGAUAAUAUGCCAUGCGCAUCACCCGGUAGUUGCAACGGAUAGAACACGAUUCCUUGUCCUUAUUUUUUUUUGCCUGAAAAAUCCAAAUAAACCUACACUGACAUGUGGUUAUUUCUUCAAGAAUUAAGCAAAAAAUGUAUUUUAAAAAAACUUGUUAUUCACAACUUCACAAGAUACAUUUAGAUUUUGAAAUAAGCGCUCAUAAAGCAUGGUGUAGAGAGGUAUUCCCAAGUAUUAAAAUUCAAGCAUGUCGAUUUCAUUUAAGGAAGUGUUGGUGGCGAAAAAUAAAUUCUGAGCAGCAACUCCAAACAGCAUAUAUAAACGACGACGUGUUAGAAAAAUGGUCAAAACUAUUUUUCGGGUUGCCAUUCCUACUACCACAGGAGAUCGAAAAUGCAUUCGUUGAACUUGUAUUUAUAUGUCCAAAUCUAGGUAUAGGAUACUUAUUUUCUGAUUAUAUAUUACAUACGUACGUAGAUGAUUGUUUAUUUCCACCAAAACUUUGGGCUCAAGAGCCGUUUUUUUCCACGGUAAAACUAUAAUAACUAUAUACACAGGGUAUAAUAACUAUAACCUAACCGGUUUUCUCAUAUUUUUUUAUUAUUGUUAGUAUGGAAUCGUGCUUUACCUUUACCGGGUUGCGGCAUUGUUAGCAGCCCAACUAGUGUAAAGUAAUAGGUAACUAAAAAACUCUCUAACACAUCUAGUACAGGAAUUUUAAAUUCGAAACCCAAUUAUGACGUUACCUUUACCUCCAAUACUUGGUUCUUACUUAUGGUUUUGUUAUUUUCGGACUAAUGCAUUUGAGCCACUUUUGGCUUUAUUGCUACAGCAUCUAUCAAAUGAUGACCAUAUACACCCAUGCGUACAUAGUCAACACGCAAUGAACAUAUUAUUUAAUUUAUUUGUUACUUAGGUAUACUUAUCAUUUUCCGUAGAUAAGGUGAUGAAUUCGAAACGCAAUAUAAGUGCUGGCUAGUCUGAGUGUCUGAGUGUCUGACUAUAAGACUGCGUAAUAUUAUUAUAUUGUCUAUGUGGCUGUGUACAUCUAUUUAUACAUCUAUACCCAAUGACCCUGCAGUGGUGGGUGCCACCUAAAAUCGCAGGGGGUAAUGGGGAUGGGUCCCCUUCCGAGCUUUUAGAUUCUGAGUUGAAAGAUGAAUGCAUUGUUUCAAUAAUGUGUUUUUUAAAUGUUUUUUGUUUUGUCUGUAUACAGAUAUUACUACUUUACACAAUUUUAAACUUCAGGGAUGGCCUUUGAUAAGUAUUUUUGAUUGAUUAUUUUUAAUCUGUAUUACAACUUAUAAGUUACAUCGUAGGUACUCACCUAGUGGUUGACUUAUAGUGCCUACAGAACCCAAUCGAUGUAGGUACAUAAACCUAUUACCUGCACAUAUAUAGACGAACAAACACAUAUUAAUAUAUUAUUAUAUUAUAAUUUAUAUUCAAUAAUAAUCGUCACGCAUGUAAAAAAAAAAAAAGAAAUCACAUAAUAUUAUAUUUAUGACGAUAUAAUGAAAAAUGAGAUCCUCGAAAAUCAAAAUAUUAUAAUAAAGGUACAUCCCAUCGUGCACAGUUCAAAUGACCUCGUCCGCAAUGCUGCUUCUCUUACUGCAGUAACC